UUGAAGCCAUUCAGAUAAUAUAAUAUUAAAUUUACCUUCAAUAAAACUUGUGAGUAAAUCCAAGAUUCAAACGAGUGAGGAGUUUUGAUUUGAAUGAUUGUGUACAACUUCAUUCGAGUCCGCGCCAAAAGAAGAAAGAAAAUGCUCGGACCGCAAUGCAAAUUCUUUACAAAUGUCCAAGCAAUGCGUUCCCCAAUCGUUAAACCUCUGUACGUUUCUAACCCCUUUUCACGUUUAUGUUUGCCCAUUUCGAUUUCCUCUCGUUCUGCUUUGAACUCGCACCCCACCUCCUUCCAUCCCUGUUAUUCUGAAGGCCUCUGCUCCCUUGCCCGCCAACUAUUCGAUGAAUUGCCUCAAAGAGAUAUUCCCUCUCUUAAUUCCCUUCUCAUCUCCUUUGUGCGUGGUUAUCGCCAUUCUGACGCAUGGUCUCUCUUCUGUCGAAUGCACCGCUCCUCUGCUCUCACUGCCCACACUCUCACCGCUGCCUUGGCCGCGUGCUCGGCAUUACCCACCUCCGGAUAUGGCCAACAAGUUCAUGGGUUAAUCAUCAAAUCAGAUACGUAUUCUGGGAUUAUAACUAAAACUGCCAUCUUGGACAUGUACUCUAAAUGUGGGCUUCUUGAUGACUCUGUUAAGGUCUUUGAAGAGAUGGAGGUGAGGGAUGUGGUUGCUUGGAAUGCGUUGUUAUCAAGCUUUUUGAGGGAGGGUCUUGCUGAGGAAGCACUAAAUGUGUUUGAAGAAAUGAAGAGAGAAAAAGUGGUAUUUAGUGAGUUUACUUUGUGUUCAGUGCUUAAAGCUUGUGCUGCCUUGAAAGAUUUUCGGCUGGGUAAGCAAGUUCAUGGUGUGGUUGUAGUGAUGGAUAGAGAUAUACUUGUUUUGGGUACUGCCUUGGUUGACUUCUACUCUAGCGUUGGCUGUAUUAGUGAAGCCAUGAAAGUUUACACAAGUUUAAAUUGUAGAAAGGAUGAUAUCAUGCUUAAUUCUUUAAUUUCUGGGUGUGUUAAGAAUAAAAAAUAUGAAGAGGCCUUUUCUUUGAUGAGCAAGAUGAGACCUAAUGCAAUUGCGCUAACAAGCGCCCUGGCUGCUUGCUCUGAGAAUUCAGAUCUAUGGAGAGGGAGGCAAAUACACUGUGUUUUGGUCCGUCAUGGUUUUGCAUCUAAUACACUAUUGUGCAAUAUUUUGCUUGAUAUGUAUGCUAAAUGUGGGAAAAUUUUGAAUGCUCAAACAGUGUUCGAUGGAAUGUGUCAUAAGGAUGUAGUAUCGUGGAGCAGCAUGAUACAAGCAUAUGGAAGUCACGGAGAUGGGCUAAAAGCUUUUGAACUGUUCAAGAUGAUGGUAGAGGGAAGAACUGGAGUCUUGCCAAAUUCGGUUACAUUCCUUUCUGUCUUAUCUGCCUGUGGGCAUUCAGGGCUGGUGCAACAGGGACAAGAAUCUUUUUAUUUGGCAAAGGAGAAGUUUAGUUCAUAUCUAGGUCCGGAACACUAUGCCUGCAUCAUAGAUAUAUUAGGCCGAGCUGGUAAGAUUGAUGAAGUAUGGAGUACGUUCAAUGAUAUGGAGAUGUGUGGUGUUAAGAUUACUUCAAAAGUAUGGGCAGCAGUACUUAAUGCCUGUAGUCACAACCAAGAUGUUUCCAGGGGUGAGUUUGCUGCCAAAAAACUCCUUCAGAUGGAUUCGAAGAAGGCAGGGAAUUACGUGCUGGCAUCGAAUUUCUAUGCGUCCAUAGGAAAAUGGGAUUCAGUAGAUGAAAUGAGGAGAAUUAUGAGAGCAAAAGGAUUGACUAAGGAAGCUGGGAAUAGCUUGGUCACUUCUUGCUUCUAACGUAGGAUGAGAUAAUUGGCUCAUCUAUAAUGUGAUAGCCAAAAGAAAGGGCGGUUCUUAAUGUAGAAAAAGAAGAUACACCUUAUUGCGGGCUGACGCAUCAGGUUUAGUGUCACUCGUGGUUGAUCAAGACUCUGCCUAAUUUAAAACUCGUGCCCUUAACGACUGUCAUUUGAGAUGUUAACAAACAUGCUCUGUGGCUGAAGCAUGAAGAGGAGUAAAUUUUGUAGCUCGCUAUUUUUCUUGUAUGUAAACUGCCUCAAAUUGAAUGUU